GACUACUUUUUCUCUGUAAACUUCAUAAAUCUGUCCACGUGAUCCCAGGCAAGCUCUAAAAGAAGAGCUAAAUAAACGGGAAAGGAAAAAUCAUACCAUUUUUCUUUGUUUGGAAGAAGAAAAUAUAAAUGAAAAAGAAUCGAUUUUCCAUUAACGGCGAGUAACUUGAAGGCGCGGUAAGCAAGGAAGGGGAAGGAAGGAAGCCAAAAAGCGUGCAAAGGGGUUUAUCCCUCUGUUGCUUUUUCUCUCUUUCUCUCUCUUUCUUUUCUUUAACCCUUUAUCUUUUUCUUUGGUGUUAGAGUCUAGACAGUGGACAGAGCAUCAUCACUUCUGAAAUCACUGUCGCUCUGUCCAUCUUUUCAGAAGAAAAGAAGACGGGUUUUCUCUCUGGAUCGGUUAUUCUAAGCAGAGUCAAGAAUUGAGAUUGUUAUGGGAAGUUUCUGAUUGGGCACAAACUGGGAUGUUGAAGUUUAUGGCUUGUUCUGUGGUCUGUUUCUUGCAUCUUUCCUUCAGAUUUUAGAGUUAUGCCUGGUUGGAUUGAAUUUCGAAUUGGGAUUUUGGGGCAUUGUCUUUGUAGAGUUCACCCAGUUCAUGAUGCUGAAAAAUCUUAUGGAGGAAAAGCAAUUGGACUUUAAUGCACCACUUCUAUCUGUAAGGCGUUUUGCAUCUGCAUCACCUUCUUCAGAAGGAGAUGAGAGAAAGAGGAUUGUGAAGUCUCAGCCAAAAAUUCCCUCUCUUCCUUAUUAUAAAUCGGAGCUGAAAUCAGGGCCUGUUAGUAAUCCUGGUGCGGUUCCUUUUCUGUGGGAACAGAUCCCAGGAAGACCUAAGGAUGGAGGUGGGGCCCAACCACGAGCUACUGAACGCCCUCCUGUUGCCCCAAAGCUUCCACCAGGAAGGGUUUUGGAUGUCAAGCAACAGUCUUCAAACAAGGAACCUGAAGAUCAAAGUGCAAUCAAGGCCCAAAUGGAUAAUGAUUGUCCUGACCAUAAAAUUUCUUAUUUGGAUAAUAAUCUAAUUGCAUUGGAAAAAUCUAAGGAAAGCUUGAAAAAAAAGGGGGAUGCUGAUACUGAGGAAGAUGCUGAUGAAGCCUUUACGGAUGCACUUGAAACACUGUCAAGAACUGAAUCAUUCUUGAACUGUAGUGUGACUGGGAUGAGUGCAUGGGAUGGUCCUAAUACAAGAUCAUCUGGAACCUUCCUGACAGACCCACAGACUCGAGAUUUCAUGUUGGGCCGUUUCUUACCUGCAGCGAAAGCAGUGGCUGCAGAGAUGCCUCAGUACGCUUCAAGAAAGCAACCUCUGCCAUAUGAACAACCGAGAGAGACCAAGAAGGUGGUAAGUGGAGAUACACGACCUCCACAAUACAAAUAUAGGCCUAAUAUGAUACAACAGUUUCCCCAGGAUGAAGGGGAAGAAGAAAGUGAAGAUGAAGAUGAAGAUGACUAUGGUGACACUGGGAAUUUAUCAGCAAAUGCUUGUGGGCUAUUUCCUCGGUUUUGCUUAAAGGGUUCUUUUUGCCUUCUAAACCCAGUCCCAGGGAUGAAAGUUAGGACUCGAGUGCCUGUGUCUUCUGUCCGUAAGGUUGGCAAACAGGUGAAAACUACAUAUGCUAGAUCUCACAAGGAAAGCAAAGAUGAGCACUCAUGGGAUGCUGUCUAUAAGCACAAACUAGCUAGUAGAAUUCAACGUACUGGUGUUCUUGAGGAUGAGAGUAAGCUGACUAGUCAAUCAAACCGUCUUACUUAUUGGAGUGAUUCUCAAACACCAGAUGAGUCACCUCCCAACAGGAUAUCACCUUGCAGGGUUGGAACACGCCAGUCUUCUUUUCGUGAAGGAUCAGGAUUUCUUGGCAUUCCUGAAGAAGUUAAAAAUCUUAAGGCUAAUGGUAUUGAUUCACAUAAUAAAGACCAUAAAAGUCUAAGAGAAAUCUUAUUCCAUCAGAACAGUCAAAUAGAAUCAGGCUCAGUGAGCCCUACAGUUGAGAAGACUCUCUAUGUAGACUCUGUACAUAUUGUGGAGACUUCAAAUUCAAAGUCGAGUUCUCCAGAUGCUAAGUUGUUGAUGAAUAGCUCAGGGAAGGAUUUUGAAACUCUGGUUGAAGGUUUGGUGGUGGAAGAAAAUCUUGCCACUGAGUCUUACACUAAAAAUAUUAACCACCUGAAGAUUCCUGAUGAUAAAGGCAUAUUGGAACCUCAGAUCUUUAGGGCUGCUGAUUCUGAUCUCCCUACUUCAGACAGGUCAAAUCUUGGAGGGAACAUUGAUAGAAUAGAGGGGUUUAGACAAGAUAGUGUUCUUGAUCAGGAGAGGUUUGUCUUGUGUCCCAAAGGGCUUAUUGAUGAAAAAUUGGAUUUUGACAACCCCCAACCUCUAAAAUCAGAAGAUAAAGGCAUUUCUUACACAAGCUCUUUUCGUUCUCCGCUUGCUCCACCUCUACCAAAAUCACCAUCUGAGUCUUGGCUUUCGCGCACCUUGCCUUCCAUUCCCUUCAGGAAUCCCUCUUCACGGUACCAAAGUACACGGUUCAAUGUUACGAAGCAGAUUCCUGAAACUUCUGUUGAUCCAAAGUGGGAAACCAUUGUCAAAUCUUCAAAUGUGAACACUGGCCAUUUAUGGUUUUCUGAGGAACUAAUAACUCCUUUAUCCCAGCAAACUGGAACAUAGAACUAGAAAAGCCUUUCCUGAAUUCCAUGAACCAUUUCAUUUACUUCAUCUUUCAAAUUCCGGUUUCAAUGAGCUAAAAGGUCUUUGAGAUUCAGCACUGGAGUUAUCGUUUUGUAUCAGAAGUACACACGUAAGCUAAUUACUGUAUAUUCUCUUUUCUUCCAUGGAGUUGAUCAAAAGUGAUGCAUCUCAAAAUUUAAUUUCACGUAAAGGUUACCAAUUUGUUGAACAUCAAAUUUGUUGGUGUAUUUGGUUUCCUAUGGCUACAAUGUUGUAAAACGAAGCAACAACCUUUCUGUAAUAACAAAGUAAGCUGCUUCUUUGCCAAUGUAUAUAUGCAUUCCACCUGUUUAUUCUGGAGGAGUGGGUUGAAUUCUCGUAUCUUAUAUCUAUGUUAUUAUGGUGCCUUAAUUUUCUUUA